GCCCGAAACACCGACUUGCAGCUUGCCUUUCACCUCCGCAUCACGCUUUCAACGGCGGGUGGAAAGCUGUUCCUAAACUGUUCUUAUCUUUAGUGUACCAGGAUGGACGCGCAGACGGCAGCAACGUUGCAGCUCCUUGCACGAGCCUUUGCGUCCAGCCCCACGAAGUACAGCGUCACGGUCUCCCCCCACCCAACACGGCCGGACACCUACGAUAUUCUUUUCUCGCGUCCCACGGCGAAGGCACCCGAGUCACCGUCGUUUGUGAAGCUGACUCUCACGGAGCGCCCCUCCAACGACGGCGAGCGGCACUUCGAAGGCUUCGUAGAAAACCAAAAAUGGCCCAUUCCCUUCACCAUUGAUCGCAGUGGUGUGUUGGGGCGCUUCCCGCACGACAGCAUCGACGUCGCGUGGGAACACAAGCGGAGCGUGAGUCGCACUCCUCUGUGGACAACGUACAGUGCGGCGGCACGGUGA